CCAAACGUAAACAUGCUUUUGCUCUAAAUUACAAGUAAGUAACAAAUUAUAGUGGAAAAACACAUUCUAUUAGAUCAAUUAACUGUCUCGUUAAUUACAUUAAGUAAAUUUGGAUUAAUAGUACAUAAUAUGAAGGAUAUUACAGAUAAAAAUCUAAAUCAAAUUCCGGAAGACGCUUCACAAGGCAAUAUUCCAAAUCCAGAUACAUUCCAAAAUAACGGUAACAGAGACACAACCUAUGCUAAGACCAUGUUAAAGGAACUGCUGAGAUUUGACGUUCAUCAUCGAACUGAAAAGGACUUACAGGAACACGUUUCUCGACUUCGCUGUUUGGUUAGAAAGGUGGUUCUAUUGCUGCUGGAGAAAAGUUCUCUCUGCAAAAAUCUGGAGGAACAAAGAACAGUACUUACUCUGCAGUGCACCUCACUGAAGAAUCUAGUAGCUGUCACGAAGGACCUGUUGACUUUGAGAAACACUGAAGUCGAGCAACUCCAUAAAAAUAUAAAAAUUAUGGAGGAAAGAAUUAAUUUGGAAAACGUUAAACAACAAAACAUUCUUAAUACUUUGUCUGAGUCUGCAAGGUUGAAUGAAGACAUUAAGGCCCAAUACCAUUGUCAAAUAGAGAUGUUCAACGACCUGCGAGCUAGGUACAAGGAGAAGGUGGCGCUCCUGGUGGCCGAGAACACGCAACUGUCAGGGUUGUUGGCGGAGCAGAACACUAAUAUGGUAGGAGAUGGAAGGGAGGGGAGACAUUGUGACAGUCCUGAAGAAACAAGAGAAAGUAAGUUGUCUGAUGUAUUCGGGUCAAAUGUGAACCACACGAGAUAUCUACUGAUCUAGCAAAUCACUUAAGUGAUAGAAAAUCGUUAUGUAAGAUUCUGACCAAUGAAGACGAAAAUAUAGUACCGAAAGAUCCGAGUAUUGAUAAGCGCUCUAAAUCAUGUCCUUAUGAUGUCACCGAUAAAGUAACGGAGAAACAAAAAGGGGUACGGAGAGGGAGAAGUACAAGUAGGAGUUAUAAUGACACCCGAAGGAGUUAACGAAGAGAAUAUCGCCACAUCAGGACCAGAGAUCAUUCAAUCUCAGGAACUCACAGAAAAUGUUAUGGACAAGGAAAUAGCAGAACACACAGGACAGGGGGAGGGGGGAGACGUCUUGUCUUACACCUGAUAUAUGACAUGUUUACACUCUUAUUAUUACACACUUUGUUUUAUUAAAAAUAGAUGUCUUUUAUCACCUAUUA